CCUCACUGCCAAGCUGCCCGGCUUCAGAGCUCCCUGGGCCGGCUGCGCAAGCUGACAGGCGUCGGGGGGAAGGAGCCACCGGAGCUCUGGAGCGUUUUUGACGUUCGGAGCGAAGGAAAACGUGACGGAUUACACUGGAAAAACGUGGACUGUUCUUUUGUUUAUUUCAAAUUGACAUCAGAUGCAAACAGAGGCGUAAGAGGAUAUGAUUUUUUAAUUGAAUUUGUGCUGUUCCCAUGAGGCGGAGAGCAUCGUGCAGCGCCGUUUCUCACGCACAAAGCGCAGGGGCAGGGGAGGAGGAGCAGGAGGAGACGCUGGACCACAACACAACACACCUCCCCGUAGCUCCGUGCAUCUUUCCGGGGUUUAACCAGACAGUGAUGGACGGGUUUGCGGAGGACACGGAGGGGCGGGUACGGCGAGGAGAGACGGCGGGGUCCAGGCGCUCCGUCAGUCCGCAGCAGCGUUAGCCCCGGAGAGAGGAGAGGAGACGGUGGAGAGGAGACAGCGUGGAGGGAGGUAAGGUGCACGUCUUCUCGGCCCGCUACAUGCUCAUUAUUCAUUUAGCCUCUCCGCCCUCCUCUCCCCUCCAUUACGUCCAGGCUGUCCAUCAAUCAACGCGCGCAGUCCCAGCACACGUUAUGGAUUAAUACCGAGUUUGCGCACCGAUUUAGCGCACGGACAUGUGUUUUAGCGUGAUGUUUUUUGGCAAGGCAAGUUUGUCUGUAUUGCACAAUUCACACACGAGAUUUUAAAGACCAAGACUCACCUGGCCUACAUUUUUGGACCUUUUUUGGAUUGUCAACUUUGUGCCAUCACCAAAUGAACUUCCUGGAUUCCAUCUUUCAAUUUUUCUGAAUCAGGUUUAAAUUAACGUCUUUGUAAACCACAUGAUUGAUCAGACUAUACCUAAGCAUUUCUGCCAUUGCCGAUCUCCACAAUGCAAUGGAGAAGGCGCCACUGCUGUCCCGUUAAGAUGACCUGGACAUUCAAGCGCUCCUUGUUCCGGACUCACGUAGCCGGCUUGCUAUCGCUAGCUUUACUCUUCACGUUAUUUUUGUUUUUUAGCCAUCAGGACUGGCUACCGGGACGCACCGGACCAAGAGACAACCCGCUAGCGUACACGAUAAGGGGAUUCCGAAGUCCCAAAGUCGAUGCAAGCCAGAAUAGCUCGUUACGAAGUUUGUUUAAGGAUGCUAACGUGGCGGCUAAACCUUUGCUCAACCUUAGCACGCAGCAAGCCGAGACGGGUGGAAGUUCAGGUCGCGUGAUGGGCCUAGGCGAUGCUAUGAGUGCUAACAACAGUUUACAAAAAGAAAUGGACGUAACGGGAAAGCUAAGCGCGCAACCGUACCGCUACAUCCUGAAUGAGCCACUAAAAUGCAAAGACAAUACGCCAUUUCUCAUUUUGCUAAUUGCUGCGGAACCGGGGCAGAUGGAUGCCCGGAAUGCGAUCCGCCAAACGUGGGGUAAUGAAAGCAUCGCGAUGGGGUUGGGAUUCGUCCGAUUGUUCCUUCUCGGGCUGGGAAAAAGUUCGCUACAAAGCAGGAUCGAGGAGGAAUCGCGAAUCUACCACGAUAUUAUCCAACAAGACUAUCAAGACACAUACUACAACCUCACCAUCAAGACGCUUAUGGGUAUGAACUGGGUGGCGACGCAUUGUCCGCGUGUUUCCUAUGUCAUGAAAACGGACAGCGAUAUGUUCAUCAAUACGGAAUAUCUCAUCCAAAAGCUGCUCAAACCGGAAUUACCUCCGAAGCAAAGGUAUUUCACGGGGUACUUGAUGCGCGGAUAUGCACCAAAUCGAAACAAGGACAGCAAAUGGUACAUGCCGCCAGAGCUGUACCCAAGCGAGCGUUAUCCGAUUUUUUGCUCAGGAACUGGUUAUGUGUUUUCGGGGGAUUUGGCAGAAUUGAUCUACCAGGCGUCGCUCAGCAUACGAAGGUUGCAUUUGGAAGAUGUUUAUGUGGGGAUUUGCCUCGCCAAGUUACGUAUAGAUCCGCAACCGCCCCCGAACGAAUUUCUCUUCAACCAUUGGAGGGUUUCGUAUUCUAGCUGCAAGUAUAGCCACCUCAUCACGUCACAUCAGUUUCAGCCAGGCGAAUUGGUUAAGUACUGGAAUCACCUGCAAACCAACAAGCACAACGCGUGUGUGAACGCAGCCAAGGAGAAGAACGGGAGGUACAGGCACAGGAAGUUUCAUGGAGAGCAGCCGCCGUGACAGACUUUGCAAA